AUGAGUCUCCCUAAGUCAUAUGAAGUGGACAUGCCACAAGAAAGGGUGGAAGAAAGGAAAUCCCAAAGGCAAUUAGCCAAUGUAGAAGAUCGACAUGAUGUGCCAAUUGCAGCGGACUACACAGAACAAUUUACCAUAGACGGGGUUUUUGCUACUCGGGAUGAGCUUUUGGAUUGGGCUAAGAAUGUAGGAAAGCAACUAGGCUUUGUGAUCAUUAUUAGAAGGUCUGAUUGUGGGAGCAAGGGUCGUGGGAGUAAAGGCAGACAGUUGGCUAUUUUGGUGUGUGAGAUGAGCGGCAAGUUCAAACAGUACAAGCCUGUGUUGAUGCGAAAGGGGACAGGAACCAAGAAAUAUGAUUGUCCGUUCAGGCUCAAGGCAAGAUACACAUCAGAAGAUGGUUUGUGGAGGUUGACUAUAGUACGUGGAGACCACAACCAUGCGCCAGCCGAGACUCUGGUUGGCCAUGCCUAUGCCGGUCGCCUUACAAGUCAAGAAAAGGAUACGGUGGGUAAAAUGGUUGACAAUAAAGUCAAGCCAGGUAACAUGUUGCUGGCAUUGAAAGAUGUCAACCCUCAGAAUCUGACUACCAUAUGGCAAGUGUACAAUGAGCGGAUGGCACACAUUAGGGCCAAGAGGGGACAAUUGUCAGAGAUGCAGCACUCGAUGAGGUUGUUGGAGGAAGACAAGUACACGCACUGGUCCAGCACUGAAGAGGGUUCCACGGUGAUCCAGUCCUUAUUUUGGGCCCAUCUAGUUUCCAUCCAACUGUUCAACCAAUUUUCUACUGUUGUCUUGCUUGAUAGCACGUACAAGACCAACAAGUAUAGGAUACCAUUGUUGGAGAUGGUUGGUAUGACAUCAGUUGGAUUCACAUACACCAUCGCUUUUGGCUACAUGUGCAAUGAGCGUGAACCUGAGGUUACAUGGGCACUUCAAAAACUAAGGGGGUUGCUACUUAGGGAGGAGGACAUGCCUAAAGUCGUGGUUACUGACAAAGACACUGCUUUGAUGAACGCAGUUACAGCCACAUUCCCUACAGCAGCUCACUUGCUAUGCCAAUUCCAUAUUGCUAAGUGUGUGAAGGCAAAGUGCAAGCUCACUAUCGAAGACAAGGAGAUGUGGGAUGAUGUCGGGGACGCAUGGAAUAGAGUCAUGUAUGCCGAGUCAGCGGAGGAGUUUAAUCCGAGCAUGGACUUCUUACGUUCACUUGUUGGGGAGCACUCUGACCUCAUGCAUUACAUUAAGGAAACUUGGUUGCCGUUUAAGCACAAGUUUGUGAAGUAUGCGAUUGACCGUUAUAUGCACAUGGGUAACACAACUACAAACAGGGUUGAAGGUGCACACACAAAACUGAAAGUGUGCAUCAAAGAUAGCAAGAGUGACAUGUGUGCGGCUUGGGCAGCUAUACAUAGGUGCACACUUCUCCAGCAUACAAGGAUUAAUGCUGCUUUUCAGGCAAGUAUCUUCAUCAGAGAGCAUACAUUUAAGGAGAAGUUGUACGACAACAUGCGUGGUGUAGUCUCAAGAUAUGCGCUCAUGUUGAUCACAAAGGAGAAAGCGCGCGUUGGAAAAUGCGGCUGCACUAUGAGGAGAACACACGGCCUGCCUUGUUCAUGUCAGAUUGGUAGGAUGGCCACUAUUCCAUUGACAACAGUGGACCAACAUUGGAGGAGGCUUACAUCAACAUCUGCACCUGAUGAAUCCCAACCUGUUUUGGGAUUGAGCAUUGCGACAGAGUUAGAGGUCAUUGUAAAGAUGUUUGAAGAAGCUAAUGUUCCGAGAAGACAAGCUAUCAAAGAGAGGCUUCGGGAGAUUUCAUUCCCAGAUCAGACUUCUAUGUGUCCUCCUCCAAACAAGUUGCCUACAAGGGGUCGGCCCAAUGAAUCUAAGGGUUCUACCAGACGCAUUCCUUCAUCUUGGGAGAAUACUGAUGCAAUAGCUGGGUCAAAGCAAGCUAGCAACUCAUCAGCUCCACAAGGCAAGGGGCGUAAGACCCGGUCGGCAAAACGGAAGAGCAUUCCUUUGAAGCAAUCUGCACCUAAGAAGAGAAGCAAGAGGAUUGCAAGAAACUCAGCUAAGCUCCCGCCACAGCACCCGAAAGGCAAAGUUUACUCGGCCAACUACAUCCAUGAAGUGUCUGAAUUCCUCCGUGAAUAUAUCAUUGACAUUUAG